GCAUCGACAACUUAAUUCAUGUUUAGGCCUCCGAAAGGGUCUGGAAAGAAGAAGUUAGCGGCGGCAGCAGAGUCUGAUCCGUCCAGUCCUCCAGUACCCACGCUAGCGGAACAGCUGUCGUACAUACACUACCCAAGACCUUUCAAGAACCCAAAUUACGCGAAGAAUGUCAACCGUCGAACAAAGAACCUUAAGGCUGUCCUGACGCAGGAGCGCGAACGCGAACGCGUCGAGCGGGAACGGAAACGACAAGAGCGCGAAGAGAAGAUGGACAUAGACGGCACAGCUGCCGGGGAAGAGCUGGAAGAAGAACUUCCUACGUAUUCGUCAAUUGAAGCGCCACCGUCUGUCUUACCGCAACGGAAGUACUGUGACAUUACUGGGCUGGAGGGACCAUACACCGACCCCGCUACCGGGUUGCGGUAUCACGACAAGAGCAUAUAUGAGAUGAUCAAGGGCCUGAAUGCAAGUGCUGCAAAAGACUACCUAUCCGCAAGGGGUGUCAACCCUAUUGUCAAGUAGGAGCGAGAUGGACAGUGAUUACAACCUCGGCGGCGUUGAACAGACUUGGAUGUAUUCUCGCUGUAUGUGUGACAAAUGACUUGACCCACCGAUUCUACGCCUGUGCAAUCCUUCGGAGUGCAAUUCUUUUGGGCAUUUUUAGAGUUUGACCCUGCUAAUUUUAAUUAGACCCGUCGCUGAGAAGGUGAUUCUGUGAGCCUGAUUAGAAUGUAAUAUGGAUUUAGGGGCUGAUAAGAAGUCGCAAGCAAGACGCAUCUACCAUUGUAUUCGCGCCCAAUGACCUGCACCUCGCGACCCACAACAGGUCGCACUUCCCAACACUCAACGCUGUAACAACACAUACGCUCCUCUCCUCAGUCUGCUAUCCGUCAGCGGCAUCCAUAUAUCAUGCGGAGGCUGGGUCGUAAGACCGUCUGCGCGUAGUCUCGAUUGUCGCAUUCGCCUGUUCGAUCGUCCUUCAGUCUCGGAUUGCUUACAGGUUGUGCAGACGAGCUCCGUUAAAGCUGCGCCACGAACCUAGGAACACGCAAGAUAUAUCUAUAUCAAUGCUAUGCGAUUUCAUUGGACAAGGGACCGACAGAUGUGGAGCUGAAGACUGUUUCUCCAUGGAUGAGGUGAACCAUGGUAAUUAUAAAGCAUCCAAGGUCGGCGCGUCCUCAGCCUAGACUCAAAGGUCUG